AUGUUUUCAUUAGUGUGCUUCAAGAACAAAAUAGAUUUGGUGCCGAGGCAAGGAGUUAUAUCAAAUAGGGACAUUGGUUCUGAUGCUGUGAAUGGAAGUGAUACUCCGUUGAAGGAGAGGUUUAAAGCUGGAGUUUACCUAGCUAGAACUUGCGAUGCACUUGUGUUGCUGCUGACGUCAAGAAUUGGCAGCAAUUUCAUAUGA